AUGCCGAAAGAGUGUAAAUCGUCUGAUGAGAAUCCUGGUGUGACAGGUGAAAUCGCUUUCUACAAAAAGGAAGGCAAUGCGUUUCAACGCCAGCUAGAUAAUCUCAAUAGCUUCCUUACGAACGAGCAGCUAAAAAACUUAGAUGAGGCCGAACUUUCUGCGCGACUUAAACAUGCUGAGCGUUUGCAGGCAAACUUCGAAAAUGCACGAUCAACACUUAGGCGAUUGGACCGCAAGGAAUUCGAGUCUGAUGCUGACGAAAAUUUCUCCAAAGUGUAUAUUGAGGUAGAGGCAAAAAUUAAUCGUUGGCUGAAUACAAAACAUAAGUCAUCUGGCGCGCACUCUUCAACACUACGACAGUUCUCUUGGGACGACAUUACGCCGCAGCAGUUACAACGACGAUCCAGGCUACCUGAGCUCAAAAUUCCAGUUUUUAGUGGCUCCUAUCUCGACUGGCCAUCGUUUUUCAGCACGUUUACUUCAGCAAUAGACAAAGACGUGGAGAUGUCCAAAUUAGAAAAAAUGCAGUACUUGAUCACCAGUCUCAGUGAUGCAGCUUUAGACACUGUGCGCUCACUCGAGCCCAGUGAAGAGAAUUACGACAAAGCUUUAGAUUUAUUAAAAGUACGUUUUGAUAAUAAAUUACUUCAUUUCCAGGCACACAUAAAGGCAAUUUUCGGGCUACAAGGUAUGGAAAUGGGCGCAUCAGAUGGGUUACGAAAAUUAAGCGAUCAAGUAAAUGCACAUCUUCGAGCGCUGCAAACUUUAGCAACUACUGAAGAUAUAUAUAAUGGUUUACUCAUACACCUCAUCACAAGCAAACUGGAUAGACAAACGCAUGAAAAAUGGGAAGAGAAUUUAUCUGCACACAAAUUACCUACAUGGAUUGACAUGUCAACGUUUUUGGGAAGAAGAUGCCGCAUGAUGGAGAAUUUGGAAAACGCUAUGGUCAUACAGGCACCUAGCAAACAGGUGAAAAAUAUUGUAUCUCAAGCAAAAUCAAAAGCAAGCGUACUCGUUACUGUAGGUGGUGGCAAGCCCACUCCACUCUGUAUUUUUUGUGAUUCCAAAGAGCAUUUCAUUACUGGUUGCACUUCGUUUUUGAAUCUUUCUCCAAAUUUGCGUUAUAAGGAAGCAAAAAAAUUUCAUUUGUGCUUAAAUUGCCUACGCAAGGGUCACACUAUCAAGCAAUGCAAAUCUGGCAAUUGCAGGUAUUGCCAAGCAAAACAUAACACUUUACUGCAUUUAAAUGGCAAGCAAGAUAGUGUACCAAAACCGAUUGUGGCAUCGCCUGUACCAAAUAGCCAGGUUACAACAUCGCAAUCAGCAUUAACAUCAUUAGUUGCAAGUCCCAAACCUUUAGCCUUGAAAAAUGUGUCUAACAAUUGUGUGCUGUUAGCAACGGCCAUCAUUUUAGUAAAAAAUCGUGCAGGCACAUUAAUUCCUUGUCGCGCUAUUUUAGACUCUGCGUCUCAAUUAAAUUUCAUUACAUCCCGGUUAGCAAAUCAACUUCAACUUCGGUCUCAUCAUUCACCAGUUUUAGUAUCUGGCAUUGGAGAAUCGAGUCUCAAUGCAGACAGAUGCGUCGACAUAUUUGCCCAAGCGCAUGAUGGUCGGUUUUCGACAUCGUUCACAGCUUUAAUAACACAAAGCAUAACAGACUAUCAGCCGAAUUUUGAUAUCAGCAUUGAGGGGUGGAACAUACCAAACAACAUUAAUUUAGCUGACCCAUCAUUCUUCAAAGCAAACCGUAUUGAUGUUUUGAUCGGUGCGGAAUUAUUCUACGACUUAAUUUGCGUUGGACAAUUUAGAAUUGCUGAUCACUUACCAACACUGCAAAAAACUAAGUUGGGCUGGGUAGUUUCUGGAGGCGCAUCACAUAUCAGUAAUAAAUUAACAACUCUUUCGGCAUUCAGAAAAUUAACACUUCCACAUGAUAAUAUUGAUACACUUUCAAACAUUGUUAAACGCUUUUGGGAGAUCGAAAAUGGUUUCGAUUCUACUCCAGCAUUAUCAGAAGAGGACGCUUUUUGUGAGCAGCAUUUCAUACAAAAUUUUCUUCGUUUGCCUUCAGGGGACUACUCAGUUAGACUACCACCUAAAUCCGAUCUUGAUGCUCUUGGUGAAUCGCAUUAUCUUGCUUUACGUAGAUUCAGGGCGCUAGAAAAAAAACUCCAAAAGGCUCAAUCCACAAAACUUUUAUAUUCGGCAUUUAUGCAGGAGUAUAAGGAUCUUGGUCAUAUGUCGCUGGCAUCAUUUCAAGCAGACAAACCAGUUUACUACUUACCGCAUCACUGCGUUAAAAAGCAAGACAGUACCACUACAAAACUGCGCGUGGUUUUUGAUGGGUCCGCUAAAACUACUUCAGGGUAUUCGCUAAACGAUUUGUUGCUACCAGGGCCAAUCAUUCAGCCAAAACUUUUUAACAUCUUGCUUCGCUUUAGACUUUUCAAAGUUGCACUACUUGGCGACAUAUGUAAAAUGUAUCGCUGCAUUAAAAUGAGUAGCCCUGAUGACCAGUUGCAGUGCAUUCUUUGGCGCGAUGACCCAUCUGAGCAAGUCAAGACAUACAAGUUAAACACGGUCACAUAUGGAACGAGGCCUGCUGCUUUCCUAGCUAUUCGAGCUAUGCAUCAGCUUACAUUUGAUGAGGAGGAAUCAUUUCCAGUCGGCGCUAAAAUCAUUCGAAGAGAUUUUUACGUGGAUGAUUUGAUAUCUGGUGGCGAUUCAAUCGAGGAGGUCAUACAAAUGAAGCAAGAGAUCAGACAGCUACUUCUACGAGGAGGCUUUCCAAUUCGAAAAUGGUGCUCUAAUGAAGUUGAUGUUUUGAAAGAUGAAGACGAAAGUAAUUGCGAAAAAUUCAUAAAGUUUCAUGAUGGUACAGAUGUGACAAAGGCACUUGGCCUUGUGUGGGAACGUAUCUCAGACAACUUUCUAUUCAGUUUCACACCAAUCUUGAAUUCGCAGAAAAUUACAAAGCGAUCUAUUCUUUCAGUCAUAGCGCGGUUCUACGAUCCACUUGGCUUAAUAUGCCCAGUUAUCACAAAGCUGAAGAUCUUCAUGCAAGCCUUAUGGAAGGAAAAACUGGUUUGGGACGAAAGCCUGCCGCAAUCGCUACAGUCCAUUUGGUUGGACUUGUGUGGUCAACUUUCAUUCGUUAGCAAUCUUCAUUUUCCACGAUACGUGCUUGCACUGCAAGCCCGCGUUCAAAUUCAUGCCUUUUGUGAUGCCAGUCUAUCCGCUUAUGGUGCUUGUGUUUACACACGCGUUGAAAAGCACGGCGUCAACAAAAUACAUCUUCUAUGUUCCAAGUCCAGAGUUGCACCUUUGAAGUCGAUCACGGUUCUAAAACUCGAGUUGUCUGCUGCGUUGUUGUUAGCGGAAUUGGUUUCAAAUAUUUUGGAAAAUAGCCAACUAUCAUAUGAGUGCCAUUGUUGGUCGGAUUCAAUGGUUGUAUUGUCGUGGCUACGAUCUGCUCCCAGUAAUUUUAACAUAUUCGUAUCAAAUCGCGUAGCUAAAAUACAAUCGCUUACAUCAGGUAUGACCUGGCAUCACGUUCCAACCGAACUGAAUCCUGCGGAUAUUCUUUCGCGCGGCUGCACUCCAAAAGAGCUUCUAAAUAACACCCUAUGGGCUAAUGGACCUUCAUUCCUCCAAUUUGAUUCAGCGCAUUGGCCAAGCAAUAUGGAUUUCUUAUCUAAUCUUCCAGAAAGACGGCGCCAUGUUUUAAUUGCUGCAACUCAAAUCGACGAAACUUACGGUUGCAAGUUCCAAAAUUCAUUCAGCAAGUUACAGCGCGUGUUUGCGUACGUUUACAAAUUUCGCCACAUUAAAUCAAAACGAACUUUACCAUCAGCUGGAUUUCUCACAGUCGACGACAUUAAAGGCGGUACACUGCUGCUAAUCAGGCAUAUCCAGCAAGUGCACUUCGCAUCAGAAUACAAAAUACUGAAAGAAAACAAACAGUUGCCUUCCUGCAACCAUUUACUGUCACUCAAUCCAUUUAUCGACGACUUUGGUUCAUUACGCGUUGGAGGGCGGCUCUAUAAUUCGAAUUUAGAAUUCGAGGCAAAACACCCACUUUUGCUACCUAAACAGCAUCCAGUCACUUCCGCACUCAUUAAAUUCUAUCAUCGUAAACUAUUGCAUGCAGGACCGCAGAGCUUAUUAGCAUCAAUUCGUCAGCAAUUUUGGCCUAUUGGUGGGCGCAAAACAGUUUCAAAAAUCAUUAAUAAAUGCUUGAGGUGCUUCCGCCUUAAGCCCAGGGUACUGCAGCAAAUUAUGGGUCAACUUCCAACAGACCGUGUGAGACCAUCUAGACCUUUUAUUACAACAGGUGUUGACUAUUGUGGACCACUCCAGUACAAAUGUGAGGUGCGCAACCGGCCACCCGUGAAAUGCUACGUAUGUAUCUUUGUUUGUUUUUCAACGAAAGCAUGUCAUCUUGAACUUGUCCAAGAUUUAUCGACGUCAUCGUUCAUUGCUGCACUCAAACGAUUUAUCAGCAUUAGAGGCAAGCCAAACACUAUUUGGUCUGAUAACGCUACAAAUUUUGUUGGGGCAAAAAAUGAGCUAGAAGAGCUGCGAAAACUAUUCGCCGAUCAAAAUCACAAUAGAGCAGUAGCUGAAGCUUGCAUUGAAAAUCAAAUUGAUUGGAAAUUUAUUCCUCCCCGCUCGCCCCAUUUUGGCGGCUUAUGGGAAGCUGCGGUCAAGUCCGCAAAACUUCAUUUCUAUCGCACCGUUGGCGUCUCUAUUUUAACCUUCGAUGAGCUUCGCACUCUCAUUUGUGAAAUUUCUGCUAUUUUAAAUUCUCGUCCCCUUUGUCCAAUUACAGAAAAUCCAGACGAUCUUGACGUGCUUACACCAGCGCACUUUCUCAUUGGUGGGUCAUUUACAGCCAUAGAAGAACCAAUUGUUACGCAUCUAAAUAUGAACCGUCUAAGCCGGUGGCAGCGAAUUUGUCAGAUGCAGCAAAUCUUUUGGCAAAGGUGGAGCACUGCGUAUCUAUCAUUACUGCAAGAGAGGUGUAAGUGGCGAAACCCUAUGGCAAACAUACAACAAGGUGCUAUGGUGCUUUUAAAGGAUGACAAUCAACCGCCUUUAAAAUGGAGUCUGGGUCGGGUUGAACACACCUUCAGUGGCGCUGACGGAUAUGUUAGAGCAGCGAUCAUUAAAACAGCAAAUGGGCCAGUAAAACGAGCUAUAACUAAGAUUGCAGCACUUCCGGUUGAAACAGAUUUGGUUGAAAGCCUACACCUUCCAACGGGGGGAGUAUGUAUGCAGCAGGAAUCUGCAUAA